CUCUCUUCCUUUAUUUUCUGACGUCUCUGUACCCCGAAGCGACCAUGUCUAGUAAGCAACCGGAGGUAGAACAAUUUAAGAAUCUGGUGGUCCGGAUAGAUCAAGACUCGGACACUGAUUUACAGGCCUUGUUUGACUCCGUGCUCAAGCCAGAUUCGAAGAGGCCUCUCCAGGUGCCAUUUCGUAUGCGAAAUUUGCCUAACAGUUUUUUCAACCCGCCUUCAACCGGAUCCAAAUCGCCAUCGGUGUCGUCUAUAUCUCAUUCGCGCGAGAAUUCGGCCGAUUCAGCGUUCGGAGCUACGAAUACUACAGUGUCUGGACUCCAGGUGAGCCACCCCAGGGCCCACAGUAGCCCAGCCUCCCUGCAACAGACUUACGCCUCUGCGGGCCAGCAGCCCACGGCAGGACAUCACCUCAAGCAGAGGUCUUACGACAUGGACGAGCUAGGACCCUUACCGCCCGGCUGGGAGCAGGCCAGGACCUCAGAAGGACAGAUAUACUUUUUAAACCACAUUACACAGACGACGACUUGGGAGGACCCACGGAAAUCAGUGCAAGCUCAACAGGCCCAGAGGGCGGAACUCUUGGCUUCUUCCCCGCACCCCUCCACGUCUCCACAGCCCCAUGCCACUGGUAAGAGCAGUGGGAGCAGUAAUACAACCAGCGGCCUCGGACCUUUGCCUGACGGAUGGGAGCAAGCAGCAACAGCGGAAGGCGAGAUUUACUUCAUCAAUCACCAGGCCAAGACUACUUCAUGGUUCGACCCUAGGAUACCGGUCCACUUACAACGCACUCCAAGUGCUGGUAAUGUGCUACCUGCUUGGCUCCAGCCUGCAGUUGCGCAGUCACAAUCAUUGCAGGCCACGCAACAGAAACUUAGGCUUCAGUCUCUCCAAAUGGAAAGGGAAAGGCUAAAAUUAAGGCAGCAGGAAAUCAUGCGACAGCAAGAGUUAAUGCUAAGGGAUGCACCAAGUAGUGGGCUGGUGGACCCAUUUCUUUCGUCACUUACAGAUCAUUCCCGACAGGAAUCAGCUGACUCAGGUCUUGGUCUUGGCAACUCGUACUCCUUACCACACACUCCCGAUGAUUUCCUUAAUAUUGAUGACAAUAUGGAUGGAGUCUCAGAAGGUGGAACCGGUGACAUCCCCUCGCUGGACUCUCAUGAAAUCACUUCACUGAGUGAUAACAUUGAUUCAACCGAUGACCUCGUACCUUCCCUUCAGCUUGGAGAAGAGUUUACAAGUGAUAUCUUGGACGAUGUUCAGUCAUUGAUAAACCCCACAUCUAAAGCUGGAAACUUGACAUGGCUUUAGCUACUGUUACCUUCUCAGGAUGAUUAUAUAAUAAUUGUUAUUUAUUAUACGUUCCGCCGCUGUCUACGCUCAGCUGAGCAACAAAAAUAUGUUUUAUUGCCAGAAUGACAAAUGGAGAAAUAAUAAGGGAAGCGUUACUAAUGGCAGGUCGUUAAUUGAGCCUACUCCUCCCAUCAGUUGCCAAUGAUAACUGUCUAUUGGGAGGAAAAUAGUUAAGGUUACAACUCACUUCAUUUAUCCAAAAUUAUUUGGACUGAUAGUGAGUCCAGUGCCAUCCACCAUUACGCCGGGCCCAAUCCAUCUUGCAAAAUCAUUCCGAUACCAUUUAAAGUUAACUUAUUUCUGAAAGACAUUCUAAUUCUCAGGCCUUCUUAGUUUAGUAACAACUAAAUUUCUACAAGUGAAAACACAUAAAUGAUUUGCCAAAAAUUACUUAUAUUUUUUAAUUUUUUGGCAACUAGAUAUCUUUUAACUCAUCAAAGUGUUUGUGUUAUCGUUAAAAAAAUUAAUUGUAAUUUUUAUUGUCAUACUCUAGAUAGUAAUUAUGACAAUAAAUAAAUAUAAAAUUUACCAAAAAUAAUAAAAUAUACUUCAUUAUUUGGCCAAUAGAAAUAAAUUUAUGGGAAAAUUAUUAACAAGUUAUAUUCAUGAAAAAAUUCUAGAAAAUUAAAUUAAAUUUGAUUGAAAGGCAUCUGGAAAUUAAAAAUAUAUGAAUUAUAUAUUUUAAAUUUUACUAUCAAUAACUCUAAAAUUAACUACAUUCAAUUUUUCCAUUUAUUUUUUAUUUUUCAAAACCUGCUUAAUGUCUUUUAGAAGAACCUGUAGUGAUUUUAAAUAAUUUAAUUUAGCUUUGAAGUAUUUUUUCGAUAUUCAGUAUUAUUAUUUUAUCUUUUUUAUUUAUCUAUGUUUAUUUUUUGUUGUACAGUCAGUAACAUCAGAAUAGAUGAAAGCAUUUUAGUAUUAGUAGAAUAUCAAUGAGUUAUGGAAAAUUAAACAAUAAUUUUUAUUUGUUACCAUAUUUGCUCAUGUUUUGGGACUGGUGUGAUGCUAGAUUUGUUACUGUGAUAAUCAGUAGCUUUUGCUAAAUCAAAGUUUGGAUUUCAUUUUGUAGAGUUGAAACGCUUUCCUUGCUUGUAUUCAUUUGACUCUUAUUUCAUUUUAUAAUUUUUUUUUAUUGCUAUUGUUAUUUUACUUAGAACCACUGUAAUGUGUAACAUUAACAAGUGAAAAUAACUUAGAAAUGGAAAAUAAAUUGAAUAAAUGUUAAAAAACUUAAUUGAAAGAAGAUGGAGCAUAGCGGUAGUGGUCGUAGAGACUUGAGACAUGUCUUUAAUAACAUAAUGUUAUUUUUUAUUAACCAAAAUCCAUCCUUCUAUGUGCCUUACCUUUUUUUAUUAUUAUUUAAAUUUUUUAUGUAUGUGACUCUUAAAGCUUGUGAUAAAAGCAAUUUUAAAUUUUAUCAUUUAUGUUAUAUAAAUAUAUAUUUAUUUUUAGUCAGUUCAAGUUUAAAUUCAUUGAUUUGAUUCUUAAUGAAUAAUUUAAAUAAAAAAAGUUUACAUAUUACAUAAAACUUUAUUUGAUGGAUUGAAUAUUACGUAUGUUAUUUUAACAGGUGUGACAAUAAAUUUUUAUUUCUUAUAAUUUAAACUUGGAUUGACCAAUUAUAAAUGGAGAAGAGCUUUGACAAAUUUGUCCUGCUCUCUCAUUGUGUAAAUAUUGUGUUUAUUAUGUGCCUUCUCUCGUACAAGUGCCUUCAUAUUAAUAUUAAUAAAUAAUUUCUUAUAUGUUAUCUAUAAGUAUAUUAUGUUGUCCUUAUAUCAUAUGUUAUUAUUUUAUGAUAUGUUAUUAUUACUUAGGCCAAAUGUACAAGUUGAGUUAUAUUAUAAUAGCCGACAAAAGAACAAGGGUUCAGUUCACCUGUCUCUAAAUAUUUGUAAGCCUUUUAUUAUAGAACCAAAAAAUUGUCAAUGUCAUGUAUAGCCUGUCUAUUCACUUAUCAUUAAUUAUAUUUGUACAUCAAUGUAUAUGACUACUUAUAAUUAAUUACUUUAUUUUCUUAUUUCGUGUGUUUUUUUUAUACUUGUAAUAAGCAUAUGUAAUUAAUUGUAUUUCAGUGAAGUGUGUAGCCCUAAAUUUCCUUAUUAUACUUAACCUUUUUCCUCAGUGUGCCCAAGACUUAACCAGUGAAAAAUAACUGGUCACUUCUUAAUUUUGAAGUUUUUAGUUUGGUCUCUGUUUCAUCAGGAUGAGAAUGUGAUUAAUUUCUAUAAAUAAUUUUACUUCCUAAUUGUGAAUAUUUAAUUUAAUCAGUUUAAAGUUAAUCGGUAAAUAAUGCGGGUCAUUAUAUUAAACUGUUCUUGCAUCUUUUGUCUUUGUUAUAAAUUUUUAUGAUAAGUUAUGUGCAUUUGAAGAUAUUAAUUUAACAUUGUAUAUAUAUAUAUAUAUAUAUAUAUAUAUACAUACACCAACACAUAUAUAUAUUUUAUAAAAAUACAUUUGAAAGUUAUAACAGUUGUUUUAUAAUGUGUUGCAACUCUUUUAUUUCACAUUACAAGCUUAUUUGUAUAAUUUUAGAUUGUAAUUGUUUAAUAAUGAGUUUAAAUAUUUUAUAAUUCUGUUGUGUAUACAGAUGAAAUAAAUUGUUUUAUUUGAAAAUUA